AUGGUCUUAUCUAAACAAAAAUCUUUAAAAUAUUAUCCAGAUUAUGAAUUUAAUAGAGUAGCUGAAUCAUUACUCUAUCAAGCACAAUAUGCUUAUGACUAUUAUGUACAUUAUAUGUAUAAUUAUUUAAAAAAAAGAAAACCAUUAGCUAAUGAAAAUUCUUUAAAAAAAGCUUCACAUAUUCAUGCUAAAAGAUGUGCUGACAAAGUUUUAAAAGGACUUGUAGCAAAAGAUGUUGCUAUUAAGAAAUCUUUUAGUAAACAAUUAUAUUGGUAUGGUUCAAUUCAUGGAUCUAGUAAUGAUUAUCAACAAUGUGAAGCAAUUAAUAGUCAACAAAAAUCUAAUUAUGAUAUGUAUUUUCAUAAUUCUUACUUAAAACAAAACUGGAAAUAUUUACCUAAUGGAAAAUAUGUUUAUGAAAAUACAAAGUUUACAUCACUUGUACCUAUAUGUUUUGCUGAUAGUCUAUUUUUAUUUGAUUUUUGUCUUCUCAAACCUGAAGGUAUUUCACAGAGAUGUGGUUAUCUUGUUGAGACUGCGGCUGAUUUUAAUUUAGAGAAACGAAAACUUGAACCAGCAUUAAAAUUUACCUUACAUGUUCCGAAAAAUGACCUUCAAGAAUUUAAUGAUCUUGAAGAGGUAGUUGAAGCCAAAGAAACAACCGGUAAUGAUGGUAAAUUAACAGGAGCCAAAGUUUAUUAUACGCCAAGGGAAUUUGACAAUGAUAUUCAAAGUAUUCAUACAGCAUGUUGUGAUAAAACAUAUGACCAUAGUUUUGAGUAUGAUUUUACAAUGACAAAAAAUUUAACAAUUCAACAUUUAGAUAAUUAUAUGAAAAAUGACAGAAAUUUUAUAAAUGAUGAAAAUACAUUUUAUGAAAAAUAUACUACUGAUACUAUUGAAAGAAGUCCACUUACAUUUAAAUAUAGAAAAAUUCCUCAAUUAGAUAUAUUUGAAGAAAAAAAUAAUAAAAACAUUUUAAAUGAAAAUGCUGAUGCUAAUGAGACGUUAUCAAAAGCUUCAUUGGACAAAAAAAUUUCUUAUUUUCAAAGUAUAAAUAAAAAUCAAACAUCAAAGGAUGAAGCAAUCAAAGUAGAAAAUAUGUUUAAAGAAAAACUUAUAGACUUUAAUAAGAACUCUAAAGUAGAUGAUCAAGCAAGUAAUAAAAAAACAAAUAUAAGUUUUUCAAAAGCAUGGUUUAAUCAGAAUAAUAAAGAAGAAAACAAAUUUCAAGAUAUAUCCUCUAAAAAUAAUAAUAAUUAUACAAAUGAUUAUUAUUUUAAAAGUCGUAACCUUUCUGGACCAAAACCAUUUAAACGUAGAGAUAUAAUUCCAGAGGAAAAAGAAUCAUCGAAAAAAAAACCAGAAGUAAUGGUAAAAAACGUUUUACCAGAUGAAGAUAAUUUCGACGAUGAUUUUGAAAUUUCAUCCAUCCCACCACCAUUAACAUUUGAUCAUUUAGAGGAGGUUAAAAAGAUAAGAAAAGAAGUGAUUAUUAAAGAAAAUGAUGUUGUACCAAAAAGAGAUAACAAAAAAAGAAAUAUUAAAGAAAAUUCAAAUAAUAGUAAAAUUUUAUUAUCACCAUCUCCAUGUGAAUUAGGAAUCAUAAAUCGUAGUGAUAAGAAAUGCGAUUAUUGUAAUGAAAAGCCAUUGACACCAUUUUCAACACCAAACACUUUAAAUCGUGCUUUCAAAGAGACUCCAAAAAGAAUGCAUGAUACUCAUAACUUACAGAACAAAAAAAAUUUUCAAAGAGUCAAAACAAAAGCAUACUACUCUAAUUCAAUAUCUCCAAUUCGAUGUAAAUCUCCAAAAAAAGAUACAAAAAAAUAUAAAAGUCUCUAUAACAAUAAUCUACCACAGUUUGAUGAAGAAUCAUUACUUAAUGAAUUAACUUCUACAAGAUAUAAAAAAACUUUAAAUAAAGAUUAUAUUAUGACAACACCAAAAAAUAAGAAGAAAAAUUCAAAAAAUCUUUUUUCUAGUGAUAGAAAUAUUGUUGGAGCAAUUAUAAAACUUUUGACACCAAAAUCAAUGCAGAAGAAUAAUAAAAUUAUUCAUGCUUAA